AUGGAUGCUGGCCCUGGGCUAGUUGGCUGGCCUCCCCUGCGGGGAUCUGGGUGUGGAGUCUGGGGCCCUGGUGCCUGGGAUUGUCCUACUCCUUGCUGGGUCCCUCCCUACACUGGGGGUGCCCAGUUAUGCCUGGGCAUGCUGAUGUUACUGGGAUGUGUGGCCUUGGUUGUUCAGCGUACAGCCCGGGUCUUCUGGUAUCACAGACACAAGAUUGUGUGCUUGUUUCUGUGUUGGUUUUUAUCUUCCAGGACUCCUUCUCACUGCUAUAGGCAGGCCGCCAAGCUGGUAGUAGAGGAAAGACUUCCAGGAGAAUGUGGAAGGCCGAGGAAAGCUUUACAAGAACUUACAAAAGGAGCCAACGACAGCCUGAGCUGCCCUCUGGGGGACCAUAUCAAUAAGCUGAGAAGCUACAACAUCACUUCCUCCAUCAAGUGGUACAGAGACUGUGAGCCCAUAGAGGAUGGGACAAACAUCUACGAGUAUUGGGACACCAAACUGAAAAUGAAUCAUGUGGAACUUCAACAUAAAGGCACCUACACCUGUACUCUAACAUUCACCCUCGAUGGCAUCAAAGGAUCUGUGUCAGAGACCAUUGAUGCAACGGUCACAGAGGAGUACUCUUUGAUUCCACACGUGCAUGAACCCACCAAUGAAGUAGUCAAAGCACAGAGGGGGUUCAACUUCAGUAAAAGGUGUCUGGUGUUUGUGCCGGGUGACGGGAAGCCUUCUGUUGAUAUCUUGUGGUUGGCCAGAGAGGAUUUCAUUGAGACUAACACCUCUCACCGCGUCCACAUGUUAGAUCAACGUAUGCUGCCCAAUGAUGGUCCUAUCAAAGGCGCGUGGUUAGAGCGACUGCUGAUGUUUUCUGAGCUGCAGGAGGAGGACUUGUACACCAACUACACCUGUCGUGUGUACAGUGACAGGGGCUUUCCUGAGAGAUAUUUUAGUCUGCAACCAGCAGGAGACCUUCGCUAAAUCAGUCCUGGCUGAGCUGCCUCAACAGGUCACCCAGUACUUUAAACAGCGAAAUGUACCGCCCAUUAAGCCGUCACCAGAGCGAGAUGCCCUGAAGACGAGCGCCCACGUGCUAUACAAGAGCUCGACAAAAACCCAUCUUUUUGUUAAUGGUUAAUAAAACUGUAUAUGUCAACAGUAAACAAAACUUGUGAUUGAUAUCAUGUGAUACAUACAAUGUCCUUUGUGUGAAGUCCUCUUUAAGCUGAACUGUAUCAGUGGUUGAUUCCUCUUUAGUUCUUGUACUUUAUGAGGUAGCAUAUCAGAUGAAGGCUGUUUGCUUUUGUGCUCACGUGGUGGACUCAUAAUGCAGAGUUUCGACAGAGCACCAUUUAUUUAACCCCUGGUCCCUGAUCACCAGGGGAAAGUUUCUGUUUCAAACGUUUUGAUCAGCAGUCGUCUGGGAGGCAGGUUUAAUGCUCCACUAUGCUUAGUCAAAUAAAGAGGACAUAAUUAGAGGAGUAUGAGGCCACACUGGCAGCUGUAGCACUACCACAGGACAGUUGUGGGAUACUGUGUGUACUCAGUAGGCCAUUUUGCUACCUUUUGCAAAAUCCUUGUAUUAAUUAUGACUUAAAUUCAUCCUGCAUGUUGCCAGUAUCUACACACUGUUUACAAACUAAUGAUCACAAAUGCAUGUUUUUUUUUUCUCAAAUGAUGUAUUUAUCAGAUUUUGUAAAUAUUUUAUGAGCUUCUGCUGUAAGCAAAGGAAGUAUUACACGACAAAGACAGAUGGUUCAACAGAGGCUGCACCUGUCAGUCUUAAUGAGCGCAAAGCUUUGACUCAAAGCAGCAAACACUGGUACAAAAAUGUAAAUUGUUAAAGAGAAUUAAAAACUCUGGAACGUCUGGGUCAUUAACACACAGUGAGAACUGAAAUGUUCACACCUUGACUGUCCCCCUGUUUUUCAAUCUCAAGUCAGCUCACUGAGCUCCGCUCCAGAUGCACAGUUCUCCUGCCAAGGUCUUAAUGACGACUGAAUACACAUCCCAGAAUCCAAUUAACCAAAUUCAUUUUGAUCUGGUCCAAUUUUGUGCAUUAAUUUCAAGGUCAGUGUGACUCUGAGCUGCAGUACUGUGCAGCACAACAACAGACCCUUUAACAUACGGUCACAAAGAACCACUCGCAGGGACAAGAAGAACAAGAAAUCCGACAACAGAUGGCACGGUUCCCCACAGAGCGCUGAUGUCAACAUCAUGAUGUCAGUCUGGGAUUUCAAGGAAGAGAUGGGACAUAAUGAACCUGCUUGAAUCUGCAGAGGAACUGUGCAACAAGAUGCUUGCAAGAAGCAACCUGCUAAGAAUAUUUUUAAAAUUGUACUCAUCUAUGAAGAACAACUGGGUUUGCUUCUUUUGGGGUUUUAAGUGGUCAUAAAAACAGCUCAAAGCUGUCUGGAUGCUCGUCAAAUUGCAUUGGUGGAAAUAUAACUGAAUGUAUCGAUUGAAGGUUGUUUCUAGAUCUUCAUUUUGUUUCCUAACCACUGUUAAAUUGCAGUACCCCUAAAUAAAGUGGGC